GGUGGGAGUAAGUUCAAGUUGAGUGUUCUGUUGCCAAAGCCCCCAACCUGACAGCAAAGAAGCCCAGCUCAGGAUCUAAGAAACGAGAAGCCAGGGACACCAAAGUGAACCUGCCUUUGGGUUCAGCCUUAGACGCUACUGAUGGCGACUGGCUUGAGGUGUUUUCUCAUGGUUGUCCUGAUAGCAGCAGUGGAAAUUAAGAGAGCUGGCUGCAUGGAUAUCUUCAGCUCCAGAGAACCAGUUUUCCUGCAAGAAGGAGAAAAACUGAGUUUAAACUGCACCCUGUCAUAUAAGAACGAAGAGGCCAAGGGGCUGACAAUGUUUUGGUGUAAGAACAGGAUAACACAAGGCUGCUCUCCUGGGACCAGCUUGCAGCAGCUAAAGCUGAAAAGGGAAGUGGGAGUGGGGGAAAUAGCCCCUUUGAGGAAACGCUACACCUCCAUAGUCCUUACCAUACUUCAAGCCAAGCCAACAGACAGUGGCAUCUACCAGUGCUGUGCAAGAAGCCAGAAUCCCAACACCCUCUUUCAGAGCCACUAUAUCCCUGUGACAAUUACAGGUGAGCCAUGUGAUGUCCGGGGGCUUUGCCCCAUCUCACUAGCUUCCAGAGUCUCUCUGCAUAGCACAUGCAACCUGUCUACUAGGCAUAGUUUCCCAAAUUCAUUGACCAGGAUGGCAAUCAGGGUCAUUAACUCAUGGGCCAGGGGCAGCUCCAGAAAGGGAAGCAAGAACAUAUAGGGCCCUGCUGAGCCUGCUUCCACAAAGGCAUGCCCUCCUGCUAAAAGGACCAAAGAAUGGUAGAACUACAGUGAACCUUAAGAGCUUAUUCAGUCCAAUCUCAUUUCAUGGAUGAGAAAACCAACUCCCAGAGAAGUAAAGUGUUUUACUCAGAGCCACUUAAAUAGUAAAUGCCUGAGGCAGGGCUCAAACCCAGGUCUUCUGACUCUGAAUCUAGCAUUCUCUCCAUCAUCCCAUUGAUUUAGCAGUUCUUGUAUUCUCUGUACCUUUUAGUCAUCUGUUAUUGUAAUGGUGUAGAUUGCCAUAGAAAAACACUGCAGAAAGCCUUUCCUCAAGGAUACUUUCAACCUAUUUGUAGAUCACUGUCAUAAAAACUUUAUAAAGAUGAGAAAGGAA